ACCUCCAAUUCGAGAUUUUACUCCAUUUCUUCUUUAUUUCUCUACAUCCUCACUCUCUCUUUCUCUCUCAUCUCUCAAUCCCAAAGCACCCUACCUCCGGCGAGGUUUUCACUUUCUCUCUCUAGAGAGAAUCUAGUGGUGGGUGGUGGUUUCAAUUAAAAGAGUGGUGCUUUGAUGGCACCACAAAACCCCCAAUAAAACCCUUCCCCUCAUUUCCAAAUCAUCAAAUGGGCGUGGUAGAAGAGGGCUGGGGCGGUUGGGCGCCGACCCCUGGCGCCGCCCCCCUCUACAUCCAGAAAGACGAUCACUGGACCCACUUCGACAACUCCGUGAAUGCGGUGUCGUUUGGGUUCGUGGCCACCGCCAUCCUCAUCUCCAUGUUCCUCGUCAUGGCCAUCUUCGAGAAGUUCCUCAGAACCACCUCUCCCCCCGAUUCCCGCCGCCGCCACUCCGACCUCGAGGCCCAGACCCACAUCGUCGCCUUCAAUUCCAAGCUCCGCUUCCCCUCAUCUCCCAAAGUAAGUGUAAAUGCAAGAGAAGUAUCGGUGGUGAUGCCGGGCAACAAGGUCCCGACCUUCAUCGCACAUCCUGCUCCGGUGCCUUGCCCACCGGAGCGAGUGCAGUGGCCGCCUCAUCAACUAUAAUGAUUGGGAGUCACCAUGGAUGCACAUUCUACUACCAUUGCUUUUUGUGAAAUGGGAUCAUAGCUUUUGUAAAUGUCUCUACUCUCAUCUCAUUUCCUGCAGUUGAAAAGAUGGAAACACAUGAUUUCCAUGGCCUCUCUCUAUGUAUUAUACUAUGCCCAUUCUCAUACCAGUCUUCAAUUUUGAUUUCAA